UGUUAUUUCUCUUUAUGUGCCACAGGAGAGUCUGACGACAGGAGCGCAUGCGCCGGGUGUGAAGCGGAAGCAGGCUUCAGGCAUCAUGUCGAUAGAGGACCCAUUUUUCGUUGUGAAGGGGGAGGUGCAGAAGGCCCUCUCUCGUGCUCGGGGCCUGUUUGACAGGUGGGAGGAACUGUUGCAGGAUGGGACACAGGUGAGUCGAGAUGAGCUGGACUGGAGCGCCAACGAGCUGAGGAACUGUCUGAGGGCCAUAGACUGGGACUUGGAGGACCUCAGUGAAACCAUCAGCAUCGUGGAGUCAAACCCAGGGAAGUUCAGACUGGGGGACAAUGAGCUUCAGGAGAGGAGAGACUUUGUGGAAAGAACCAGGAAAUCUGUUCAGGAGAUGAAGGAUCAGUUGUCCAGCCCCUCUGCUGUGGCUCAAGCAGAGAAGAAGAACAGACAGGCUCUGCUGGCUACAACGGGCCAGGACAGGUCGACAGGACUGGAGGCUCAUCUGGUGUCGGCAAACUCCAGAUACAUCCAGGAGCAGCAGGAACAACAGCAGCUGAUCAUGCAGGAACAAGACGAGCAGCUGGAGUUGGUGUCGGGCAGCAUCAGAGUCCUCAAAGACAUGUCUGGACGCAUCGGAGACGAGCUCGACGAGCAGGCCGUCAUGCUGGGGGACUUUGGAGAUGAGAUGGACCAGACGUCGUCCCGCAUGGACUCCGUCCUGAAGAAGCUGGAGAAAGUGUCUCACAUGACCAGCAGUCGGAGGCAGUGGUGUGCCAUCGGUGUGCUGGUCGCCAUCAUGAUCGUGGUUCUCAUCCUCUUCUUUGCUCUCUGACGUUAGCCGCUCCUGACCUUUUGACUCUGUUCACCGACUCCUCCCUGUCAGGACGGACGGAUACAGACGGACCAGAGACGUCUCUCCUCCUCGCUCUUCCAUCGUUUUCUUUCUUCACACUGAGGAGUAACUGGUGACCCGCAGAGAGAAGUUAGGACGCGCUCCUCCACUCUGCUUUUAAUGAUACUGGUGGGGGGGGGAGAAAUAAACAGCUGGCAGGUUUUAGGGUUUGGGGGGGGGGACCCUGCAGGUGUUUCAUACAGGUGCAAUCUGGCUCUUAUUAGAAAUAACGGUACUGGAUGCUGCUUCACAAAUCAACAUGCAUUCGAGAUAGUUUCAAAUCAGGAAAGUAGAGAUUUCCUAAAGUGCUCAGUGGCAGUAAAAGUGUGUCGAUGUUGAUAAAUCAGUGAACGUCUUCAGGUGGAGAGAGAGACUACAGCGGGCGUGCAGGUUUACUGAGUGAAAAGUACUGAUUAUGAACUGUUCAAUCAAUGAAAAUGUAGGGUUUUUUUGCGUGUUUUUUUGUUGCGUGGGAGGGAGGAGGUCGGGUGUCGUUUCUCAGUGUUGCCUUAAAUAUAUUUUUAUACCAUUUUGAAAUGUGCAGUAUGUUCAUGUGCCUACACGUGAGUCGCAGAGGGAACUUAACUCUUAACUAGCAGUUUGAUGAGGAGUUGGGGGAGCCGACGCCACAGCGGCUGAUUCCGCUGAAGGAGAGCCGCUGUGGCGUGACGAGUCUCAACAUGCAGACUCCCCGUGAUGGAUGCUGCCGCUCGUCUGCCAGCCGCUUUUAUCAGAAAUGCGGUUGGUUUCCUGUCCUGACGGCGAUCCGUCUCAGCGAGGUGAAGCGAGGUCUGCAGCCGGACGCCUUCACGCUCCUGCAGAGGAUUGGCCGAGGCUUUGUUCUGUUGGCUGGGAGAUGAGACACAACCUUGGCUCAGAGCGAAUGGGUUCGCCUCUUUUAUUGAGACGCUUCAGCUAAUGAGAGCAGGAAUAGUUGCUGGGCAGGAUGGCUCCACACGCAGCCCAGAGUCAGGCCUACAGCGCCCUCUGCUGGAGGCCGGUGGUCAUGUCUGUGUGUCAGCGCUGUAGAAAUGCAAAGUGAUGCUUUCACUGGAUUGUUCUGUGUAGAUGGAUGCUAUUCUUGUGAGAGCAGUCUUAUUUUAACCCAAAUGUCCUGAUUCAAGCUGCCAACUUGUUGGUUCAACAGAAAAUUCCAAACAGUUCUAGAUUUUUUUUUACUACAGGGGUCAGAGGUCGGAUACCUUUUGCUCGACGCAUUAAGAGUUAAUGAUGGAGGCUCCCUCACUGCCACAGCUUUUUACAUUUUGUUCCUGCCAGGAGUUAAUGCGUGCUUUUAAUGUGCUUUUACAUAUUCAAGCCGUCGCUCCUUAAAUGCCUCAGAGGGGAAAAUUAACUAAAAACUUAGCAAAUGGCUGCAUAAACGAAGCACUCGCGGUUUCCACUCCAGCUACGUGUCUCUGUCAGACCUCUGCAAGCCAGAUGUAUUUCUAUGAAGGUGAAGACAGGGGAAAAAAGAAACUGCAUUUGCUGUUCCAGUUCAACCUGAUGAGAGAUUUUACACAUUAUGCAGUAAUAUCACAUCUGUACGUCGCUGAUGAGACGAGUGUUCUUCUGUUUGCUACCAGAUCUGGGAUGUAAAGACGCUUGGAGUGUUUUGCAGAAUCGAUAGUAUUCAGGCAGUGAAAGUUGUGACGGAACUGAAAAUUGAUUUUGCAGUGUUCUUGUCUGUUCUGGGCAAAUUAAAGCAAAAACUUGCAGCUCGUUCGGUUGUGGUGUAACGGCUCCAAACAGCAGGUUAGCAUACGGUUAGCGAGCUCUGCUAUGUCCUUUGAAAACUGACUUCAUUGCAGCAAACGUUAAAGUUCGUAACUGGGUUCUCAUUUAAAGCACACAUGCUGCUUACUUCCUAGCAUUUAAAUGGCUUCAAAUCUUGUGGGAAAAUGAUCAAACAUUAUCAAAGGUGGACUCUCUGGUUAGAAACGGCAAAUAAAACGAUGAAAUGACUCCUGCAGUAAAAAAGUGCCAAUAAUCAGAAUUGUAUGUAUUUUGCCACAACGAGUAACUUUAACCCUAAAGAGGCGAGUUUUGUAAUCUGAAUGUGUAAAGUUUCGUACAAUAUCAGCCGCUGUUGUGCUGCUAAAGCCAGACAGCAUGUAUUCAUGUGUAUACUGUAUAUCCGUAUGUUUUUACUGCAACAACCGAAUGUUAGCUUUUUGUUCUGCUCUGCCACAUAUGAUUUUUAAACCAUAUGUUUUAUUCACAUACAUGAAGGUGAAGUGCUGUGUGGCGACAUCUGCAUAAAGUGAAUCGCACACGAUUGUUUCGUUGCUGGCAUCCAGAGAUUUUUCAGAUUGUUCAUUGUGGUUUCAUUAAACUUGUUUAACAUGAA